AUGGCCUAUUAUUUUCGUAGGAGCGUUUUACCAACUCGCCUCGUUACCCAUCAAGCCAUGUUUUCUCAACCGCAAAAAUUUGCGUUGAGUAAAUCAAACCCUGUUCUAUUUCAAUCGUCGCUUUCGAGAUUUUACAUAAAGUUGAAUAAUGUGAGCUGUUCUGCUGUCCAAUCCAAGAGUCGGCUAUUUUACUAUACAAAAGCAAAUGAGAAUAAUAAAGAAAGUGUAGAGAAAAAUGAAAAUGUAGAAGAAAAAGAGGAAACGAUCGUAGAAAGGACAGGGAAACACGACAAUGAAAUUGAGAAGACACCUCCACCUCCUUCACGCACCUUUUCCGAUAAGUCUUCUCCCUACUUUGCUAAGUUUGCAAAGGACACUGCAGAAAGUCUUCCGACUGUCUUGGCAUAUUAUUUUGUUGGUGGUAUUGCUUUUUUUAUAUCGGGAGACAAUUUAUAUUCUUGGUAUGUGAACUUUCGUAAUGAGUGUCUCCUCAACAAAACCAUGGAAAAAGGCACUAGACCCGAAACUGAUGGUUCGGAUGAUGAAUUAGUUCCUCGACCUGAAGUCUUAGAACGACUCAUGAAAAUUCUUCAGCCACAUAAAAAUCACUCAUUUUAUCAUAUGGUCUGUGGAGAACAUGGAACCGGGAAAACAACACUAACCAGGAUGGCAUCAAGAGAAGCAGGACGGGUUAAGGAUAAGGACAACAAAGUUAUAAAGGAUGGCGGAAUGGGUAUCAUAUAUGUUGACGUUCCUGCGAAUCCAAAUCUCAACAAGUUUGGUGACGCGUUUGUAAAAGCCAUCAACUUCACAUUUGAAGAACAUAUCUCUUACACGAAACAUCUGGCGCGAAAAUUUUUUGGUGCAACUGAAGAAACAAAUGAUCCGAAGUGGGAAAGAGCUAUGGAUGCCUUCAAGCGCGUUGCUGAAGCGUAUAAAGCAAAGCACGAUAAACCUCCAGUCAUUGUUUAUGACAAUGUUAGUCGAUUGGUUCAUAAGAACCCGGAAAUCCUCGAUAUUCUCCAGGACGAUGCAAAGGACAAUGCGGAUGACCGAAAAUACAUUGCUGUAUUUGUCAGCAGUGAAGGUUCAGUACCUAGAAGGAUGGAAUCUCGUAGUGCAUGGUCACGUGCGAAACAACCAGUGAUUGAAAUCGGUGACCUUAGUGAAAAGGAAUCAAUGGAAUAUCUGAUUAAGAAGCGCAAGAUUAAUGAAGUAGAGGCGAAAAAAUUAUACGAAUUGGUUGGUGGUCGAAUUGUAGAGCUGAAGGAUGUGGCAGAUGAUUUUCUGACCGGACAAUCCUUUGAAGUCAUUAAACAGUCAAUUUUCACUAAAGUUGAGAAAAAAUUUAACACUGCGCAACUCCUCCGAAAGCAAUUGCAUCACGAAGUAGGAAAGAAAGCGAUCAAAGCUAUAUUGGACUCUAAAGAGUUGGGAUUUACAACGUUUAUGGAAUUUUUCAAUAAUUAUGAAGAAGCCAGCAAAGUAUUGGAAACAAAUAUAUUUGCAUACCAUCCAGAAAAAAACAAUGUGAGCUUCCAGUCUCAAUCGAUAGAAUGUUAUAUUCGAGAAAAGAAAGACAUAUUCAUUAAAUAG